AAAUCGCCUCACGAAUCUGCGAUGUCAAUGUGUCAACGAAUAAAUGAGCUUACUUCCAAAUAUACAAAGCUAUCACGAGAGCAGUGACGUCACCUACGACACUUUCGCCAAUAUCGCUUCCAAAUUGGACGGCGACUGGUCUUAUCUGGGAGCACAAGAACCAGGGCAAGAAUGGGACAUCGCUUAUCGGUACCAGCUCGCGAAAAUGACUUAAGCGGUUGACGCCAUGCAUUGUCUCCGUCUUCCUGCGAUGCGAUCGAUGUUGAAGACUACGUUAUUGAAGCUAAUCGUGAAGAUGCAGUGUAAAGAAGUUUGGGGAUAUUCGUACUGGACGAGCUAAUCUGGUAUCCGUGUUGACCCCGAAUCGAAAGAGUUAAGAGCACCAUGGGCUGAUCCCAUCUGCACGGCGAAUAUCAUGUAUUCUGGUCAUCUUUUGCUUAUGGUAUCUCUUUUUACUAUGCCUUUUGAUGACCAUCGCUUUGAUGGAACUGAAGGAAUAGUGUUCAACUGGGACGCGCUCUUCUAGGCUAUGGGACCGCAAAGAUUUACUUAUAGUGGACGUUCAUUGCAAGAUACCAUUAUCAAGCAAAUGGAAGAAGAAAAUUCGAUCGGAGUGUGCUGUGAAUCCAACGUGAUUCUCAUUUAAUUGCAAUGAGAUACAACGACGUCACAGACAACGCCAAAGCUCUAGAUUUCGUCUCGCAAAGUACAAGGCCGCCGGGACAGAAAAGCAAGGCUUGUUGGUGAAAACGAUCUGUUUCGCUGAUGGUACUGGAAAGGCAGGAGACAGCUUUCAAAGUCAGAUGACAUACACCACACAGCAUGGGCUAUGGCAUUCAUGCCCCGGAACUUUGAGUUUGUUAAGUCGAUCUAUCCCACCAUUGGUCAGGCUUCCUCCACAGGAUUGAUGACAGAAUCGAUAUCAAUCCACCCAGUCGUCGCUGAGAAAAUCCGGCAAAUGGUCAAACCAACCGGCGUAGAACCCGGCGCUGAGUCUAUUGUGUGGAAAGCUCGAGAGACAACUGAUGGACAAGAGCCUUACAACCCACGGCCUAAACCGUUCAUGUCGCCGACGUUCGGCUACGUAUCACAGUGGAUCUCUGAGUUCGGUGGUGGAAAAGACCUCGUGCUCAUUUUGCGCCAUGCGGAUCAAUUUCUGAAUCCAAAAUGGGAAAAUGGCGGCUUUACUAUCCACGCUGCGACUUUACCUAAGGUGAUUGCGUCGAUCCAUAUACUGGUAAAGCCGCAAGAGGCUACGCACGGCUGAAAGUGAAGGAAGGGCAGAGGGAAACGAUUGGUAAUCCAUGGAAUUCAGCGCAUGUCAGGAACAGUCUCUGGGUGAGCGGGUUUAGAGUCAAGGAUGACGUGAAUUGCCUUCGCAGAGUUUAUGACGCGGGUGAGCGUGCAGUUCUCUUGACAAAAUACGUACCUGGAACGGAACCUCGAGGAGCAUUAACGCUGUGAUCAGAAAAUUGAAUGUUGGCGCGUAUGCUAUUACGGUGAAUGGCUGUCAAGUGAACACGGCAGACAUCACUCGCGUAGUUGAUACAGCCAAUCUGUUGCUUAACGUUGACGGAGAUGAGACGGAUGUCGUUAUAUUUAGGACAGAACAGUGAGUUGCUCGACAAACCGACAUCUGCAAC